CUGUACCUCUUCCUAGAGAUGCUGCCUGGCCUGCUGUGUUCACCAGCAACUUUGAUGUGUGUUGCUUACAUAAACUAUUUAAGUUAAAUUACAUAGUGUUUAGUUUAUGUGCUUCUAAAAGCAGUAGGAAAAAGUAACCAUUACUCAAUUGCAUUACUGUACAAAGUGAAAGCGUUAUGUUAAUCUGAGACUUUCAGUGAUUAGAAAGGGUAGCUUGAUUUACAAUUGCUGAAAUCAUGAAAAUCAAAUGCAUUUUUUUUUAAAUCAAGUGUUGCAACAUCAGGUUGCUGCCCAUGUUGUGUGUUUUCUUUCAUUUUAUUCUAAAAAUGCAAUGAUUUCAAUAAAUUAUUGAUCCAAACUCAUUAUAAUCUCUUAAAAUAUCUAAUCUACCUGUUAAACAUUUGGUUUUUUAGAUUUUUUCCUUUAGGGUUUCAAUAUCUAUGUAUAUUUUAAUAAAGUUUUCAUCCUCAAAAAACUGAAGCUUAAGUGCACUUUUGGAUAAGCAAUUUUUCAAGCUUAAUUUAAUUGGCCCCAUAUCAUCUCUUGGAGCAUGAAUUGGAUGAAGGUUGGGGAGGGCAAGUGAAAAUGUCCCUUCACCUCUCCUAGAAAUAUAUAUCCAAGCAUUUAAUUUGGACAGAAUAAGUAGUUUUUUUUAAAGCCUUCAAGCCUUAUCCGCAAUUCCAAUAGAUUAAAACUGAUCUUCAAUUGUAAUUGCAAAUAUUAGUCUUGGUUCCAUGUGUUUGUGUUUUAAUUUAUCUGCUCCUAUACAGAAUAGCUUAAAAGGUAUGUAGAUUAAAAAAUGUGUACCAUAUCUGCACUAGAUACAUUGGUGACAAUUCAACUAAUGUUUUGUUUUUCUUCUCUUAUUCUUUUCUUCCUCCUCACCAAAAGUUUAUUUUUGACCCCUUCCCUCUAGGUCUCCCGUGCCACUUACUCUAUGCCCGAAGAGAAGGUGGACAGCCGAUCUGAUCCCAGAGUCCUAACAAUGCUGCUAUGCGACUGGCUGCUAGGAGUUGUGCCCCCACUGUCCACAAUACUAAGUAAUCACUUUGGUUAUCGCCCAGUAGUGAUGCUGGGUGGACUUCUUGUUGGUUUGGGAAUGAUGGCAGCGUCGUUUGCACGGACAAUUGUAGAAAUGUACAUUACUAUUGGAUUAGUAUCAGGAAUAGGUUUCUGUCUCAGCUUCCUACCCACAGUUACUGUCCUCUCCCUCUACUUUGAAAAAUAUCGUUCUCUGGUCACUGCUGUAGCUUCCACAGGAGAGUGUUUUGCCAUCUUCAUUUUUGCACCUGGUUUCACAUUAUUGAAAAACCAUCUUGGGUGGAAAAACUGUCUCCUCAUCAUUGGUGCAUUGCAGCUAAACAUCAUUGUUUGUGGAGCGCUACUUCGUCCACUUGUAAUCAAAAGACCAGAAGAACAACCACCAAUAGAUUUAGUUUCGGAAGCUAAGUACAUGCUGGAGAAUGAGGAAACCCACACCUCUGUAGACUCUGUUGAUUCAGGAGUGGAAUCUUUAUCUACCUCAUGUGAUCAUUUGGAACACAGCAAGAAGUGUACAACAAAUGAUAUCCACAAAGAAAAUCUUAAGAUUCUUCAAAGCAAGAAGCAAAAACCACAACCAAAAUUGUUUGACUUAUCAAUUCUAAAAAGCAAAAGCUUUAUCUUUUAUGCACUCUUUGGACUAUUUGGCACUUUGGGAUUCUUUGCACCUCAACUCUAUGUCAUUCCCCUUAGUAUUAGCCUAGGUGUUGACGAUUGGGCAGCAUACAUGCUAUCAGCUAUGGCAAUUAUGGAAGUACUUGGCCGGCUGUCAGCAGGCUGGAUCCUAAACAAACAACCUAUACAAAAGAUUUACAUUGAACUGAUCUGUGUGUGCCUACUGAGUCUAGUGUUAUUGUGCUUUCCAUUCAUAAAAGGAUUCUGGAGCCUUGUAACAUGCAGCAUGUCCUGUGGAUUUUUGUUUGGUACUGUGGCUGCUACCCACAUUCCAAUGUUGGCAGAGGAUGACGUGGCUGGAAUUGAGAAAAUGUCAUCUGCUGUUGGAAUUUACAUCUUUAUACAGAGCUUUUCAGGACUUGCUGGACCACCCAUUGGAGGUUGGCUUGUGGAUAUUACAGGUCAGAAUUACGGAUCUGCUUUCUUCUUCUGUGGCAUUGGUAUGAGUUUGGGUGCAUUCUUUCUUGCAUUAGUUCAGCCAUCUAAAAAAUGGUCAUGUCAAAGGAAACAACCUCUAGACACUGAUAAGCAAGAGGAAUUAAAACAAGAUCUCAACAUUAUCCAGGAUGUGCCUGAUGACUUCCUAGAAACAGACCUGAAGAAAUCAGAAAGUUUACAGGAUCAACUUCAAAACCUUGCAUGAAUCAUACACCACCCCAAUGGGAUGCAUGUUUCCCCGUAAGGGUAUCCAUUGCCCAUCCUGUCAACCUCAACAUGGCCUUAUUUAAUCUCAGACGUUCCUUCUUUUCAAACCAACAAAUGACUUUACAAAGAAAUAUCACAAGAAGCGAAGUUUAAUAUUUACUACUUGGUGGAUGUAGACUCACUUUGAGAUGAACUGUGCUUAAAAUUACAAAAUGGAAUACAAAGAAAUACACAGAAAGGUUUCAAGUUUGUUUAGAUCAUAUUGAGAAUGUGUUUAAAAUCAUUGCUAAAAUCAUUCAGAUCAGCAUUUUAAGUUUACACAUUUUACAGUUCCAAUUGGUGAAUGUCUUUAUACAAGGUAUUGUUUUAAAUAGGAUUAAGUGCAAAGCCACACUAACCUAAUACUUAAAGCUAUCAAAUAAGACCAUGUCAUAUGAGCAGAAUUAGGCCAUUCAGCCCAUCGAGUCUGCCCAAUUUAUUAUCCCUCUCAACCCCAUUCUUUUGCCUUCUCCCUGCAACGUAUUUAAAAAUUCUCUUUAAAAACAGUGGCUUUGAGAUAUAAGGAUUUUAGUCAAUUCAACUUACUCAAGGUUAUAGCUUUUUUUCCAUUCAAAUUACAUGCUGGAUCACUAUUUAAAAAUGCAGUAUUUUAUCUCAAGGGAAAAAAAGCAACCAAAUUUAUUAUGAUAAUGCUGAAAAAUAUUUAUAACCAGAAAAUAUUGGUAGUUGCAUUGGAACACGAGAAGUUAGAAAAUAUUUUUUAAAAACUUGGAUCAUUAUGGAGUGGAUGUGGCAUGGGUAAAGUGGCAUUUUAACCAUUGCAAAUUAUACAAAAAACAUCAAACACCAUAGGGUUUUAAAAUAAGAUGCUAAAAAGUAAACCAACAGCUGCAAACUCUUCAUUCUCCAAGUAGUUUCCUUCUAUAUUUAAACUUUUAUCUCUAGAAAUAAGCUAUUAAAUUCAAAGUUUAAAUAUGAAUAAGAUAGCUGGAGUACAUUUCCCAUAAUCCUCACACUCCUGUGCUGGAUACAAGAAAGUCAUUCACAAUUGGAAAAAAAACUAUCCUCAAACUUGUUUGUCAUUUGAUCUUAGAUAUUACGAGCAUUUUUGAGUUACAAGUACUGAAUAUUGUAUGCAUUCCAUUUUUACAGAAAAGACACUUCAUAAUCUAAUUAUGGACAUUGAAAUAAUAUUGAAGACAAUUUAGCCAUGGAGCAGUAGGAGCUUAA